CGCAAAGCCGACGGUCCUGUGAUCUCAUUGCAACGAAUCAAAGUCUGGUAUCUUCAACACACCUUAUUCACACCCAUCGGAAUCGAUAAGCUCCUGCAUAGACACAAUACGAUCGUUCCUUCUGGCCUCAACACACAGCAAAAUCGCAAGCAAUGGCGUCACCCUCGUCGAACGAGGAUGCCGCCGCCGCCUCCUCGAACCCGGCGCCAUUCGCCAAUUUUCCGCAAGACCCCUCCGAGUUCGACAGCGACCCGCGCAUCUCGUUCUCCAAGUUGGACAACAAGUUCAUCCUUGAAACCGACGACGGACAGGAAUAUGAGUACGACACCGCUCUCAAGCGGUGGAUUCCGACGGUCGACGACGACUUGCUCCAGAAACAGCAAGAAGCCUACAAAGUCCAGGGGGUGGAUGAAGAUGAACAGGUCACGGCAUCGCAACUAAAGAAGAAGCGCAAGCAGCAGGGCAAUGGCGAAGAGGGAAGUGCACAGAAGCAGAAGAAACAGCGCGUCAAUACGGCGGUGUUUGUGACGUCGAUUCCCCUCGAUGCCUCAUUCGACGAGAUCCGAGAUCUUUUUUCCAAGUGCGGCGUCAUCGCGGAGGAAAUCGACAGCGGUCGGCCGCGCAUCAAGAUGUACAACGAUGACGACGGCAAGUUCAAGGGAGAGGCACUGGUCGUGUAUUUCCGGCCGGAAUCGGUCAACCUUGCGAUUCAAAUGCUGGACGAUUCGGACUUCCGGCUGGGCGUGACGGGCCCGCAUGGGCCGAUGCGCGUGCAGGCGGCGGAUUUCUCCUUCAAAAGCCAGCAAGAGGCACCCACGAAGACCAGCAUGAGGGACAAGAGAAAGAUCAUUCAACGGACGCAGAAACUCAACAACAAACUCGCGGAUUGGGACGAUGACGAUCCGUCGGCUCUUCCCGAUACAAGCUCUCGGUUUGAGAAGAUCGUCAUUCUGAAACAUAUGUUUACCCUGAAGGAACUUGACGAGGAUCCUGCCGCUAUUCUCGACAUCAAGGAAGACAUUCGUGACGAAUGCUCGAAGCUCGGGGAGAUUACGAAUGUUGUUCUUUACGACAAAGAGCCAGAGGGAGUUGUGAGCGUUCGCUUCCAUGACCCGGAAGCUGCCCGCAACUGUGUCAAGAUGAUGGAUGGGCGCUAUUUCGGCGGCACGCGAGUGGAAGCGUACAUCUCCGACGGGCGCGAGAAGUUUAGGAAGACGAAUGAGAAGCGGGCGGCGCUGGAAGAUCUGGCCGAGAAGGGAUUGGAUGCGGAGGAUUCAGAUGAGGAACAACGUUUGGAUGAGUUUGGCACGUGGCUGGAGAGUUCUCACACGGUGGAAAAUACCGCCAAGUGAGAGAACCCCGGCGUCAUGGGUUACUAGGUAGCAGUAGAUCUGGAUCAGCCCAUGGGGCAAUGUGCUUCAUAAUGGGAAGCAGAUGUGGUGUCUAUAGGUCAUCCAUGCUUCAUGAAAUAUAUGUGUACUAUAGUGAAUACUAAAC